AUGGCUGACGACGAAGAUAUUGCUGCCCUUGUCAUCGACAACGGUUCCGGAAUGUGUAAAGCUGGAUUUGCUGGAGAUGAUGCUCCUCGAUCUGUCUUCCCCUCUUUGAUUGGCCGUGCCCGUCAGCCAGGUAUCAUGGUUGGUAUGGAACAGCGUGAUGCCUAUGUCGGUGAUGAAGCCCAGGCCAAGCGUGGUGUUUUGACUUUGAAGUACCCCAUUGAGCACGGUAUUGUUACCAACUGGGACGAUAUGGAGAAGAUAUGGCACCACACCUUCUACAAUGAACUCCGUGUAGCCCCUGAAGCCCACCCUGUCCUUUUGACUGAGGCUCCCCAGAAUCCCAAGGCCAAUCGUGAGCGCAUGACCCAAAUCAUGUUUGAAACCUUCAAUGUUCCUGCCAUGUAUGUGAACAUUCAGGCCGUCCUUUCUCUUUAUGCCUCUGGUCGUACCACUGGAUGUGUUUUGGAUUCUGGAGAUGGUGUUACCCACACUGUGCCCAUUUAUGAAGGUUACGCCCUUCCCCAUGCUGUGAUCCGUCUGGAUCUUGCUGGUCGUGAUUUGACUGACUACCUCAUGAAGAUUCUUACUGAGCGUGGUUACUCCCUCACCACCACUGCCGAGCGUGAAAUUGUCCGUGAUAUCAAGGAGAGUCUUUGCUUUGUCGCUGUUGAUUUUGAGGAAGAGAUGAAGAAGGCCGCUGAGAGUUCUGCCCUUGAGAAGUCCUUUGAGUUGCCAGAUGGUAACAUCAUUGUGAUUGGAAAUGAGCGUUUCCGCUGCCCUGAGGUCCUCUUCCAACCUAACUUGACGGGUCUUGAAAUGGACGGAGUUGCUGACUCUACUUUCCAGACCAUCAUGAAGUGUGAUGUUGAUAUCCGCAAGGAUUUGUAUGCCAACAUUGUGCUUUCCGGAGGUACCACCAUGUUCCCAGGAAUCAGUGAGCGCAUGUCCAAGGAAAUCACCGCCUUGGCCCCUGCCUCCAUCAAGGUCAAGAUUGUGGCUCCCCCAGAACGUAAAUACUCUGUCUGGAUUGGAGGAUCCAUUCUUGCCUCUUUGUCCACCUUCCAAAGUAUGUGGAUCAGCAAGGAGGAGUAUGAUGAAUCCGGUCCUUCCAUUGUCCACCGCAAGUGCUUCUAA